CUGGGGGGAAGCGCGCCCACGCGGACCCGAUGCCAGGACAGGUCAUGAGCUGAGCCGAUGAGAUCAUGGAUCCUGCGCCGAGGUCCGACAGGGUGCUGCUGGGACUUCGCGGUGAUGGAGAGGUUCCUGUCCGAAUCCAAGAUGUCCUGCACUGUAGCUGAAAGCACAAUACCUCUGGCCCAUGCGUCUGGGAGCCCUGUAGCCAACACUCACUGCCUCUUUCUUCUAAUAGGACUAACUAAGGCUCAGCCUCAUUCUCUACACAGUCAGGGAUGGACAGGUAAAAACUGAGAGGCCAAAUAGGUGGCCUUUCUUCAUUCUAGGGUAUGAAAAUAUUCUCAACUCUUAACAGUUUUUUCUCAUAUGUCGUAGUUUUGCCAUACUAAAAUGCCUUUAAACAUUAGAGCCAAGCCCUCGCAGAGCAAGCUGUCCGCUGCUGCUGCUGCGAAGAGUGGCGCUGAUGGCAGCACGUCCCAUUCACGUUUCUCAAGGUCCCCCAAACAGGGGAAAGGAAAACAGGCUGUAAGCUCAACACCAGGGUGCCGCUCGGGACUAGAACCAGGCUCCGUGUCAGGGGGCGGGCCUGCGCCAGCGCCUAAACCAGCUGGGGGUCAAGGCUCAGAGUUGAGGCCAGGUCCAAAAGUCAAAGUUGGCUCAGCAGCACAAAAAGGCCCAACCCGUGGUUCAGCGACAGCUCCAGGAGGUAAAACCUUAUCUAUGGAGAACAUCCAGUCUUUAAGUGCUGCCUACGCCACCUCCGGCACCAUGUAUCCCAGUGAGCGAGAUACCUUGGAACCCUCCGGCGGGUACCCUAAAGGCACCAUGACCCUGGGCCGAAGUACCAGCCGCUCCUCCUACACUGGCCGGACGACGGCAUCGGGAAGCAGCCCAAACAUCACCUCCUCCGGGACGCAUCACUUGUCAGACACGUGCGGCGGCGACCAAACCCUGCUCCCUGCGGGGACAUCCAGUCUGAGAAGACCUGGAAGACCGGCGCAGGCAGCGAAUUCGACUGGACGUGGGGAAGGUUCCUCGUUUGACCUCCAGGCUCAGCUGAGGGAGCUGCAGAGAGAGAACGACAACCUGCGGAGGGAACUGGACGGAGGGAGGGACGGAAGGGCGGUUCCCAGCGCGAACAGCGUCAACUUCUGGAGCCCAGAUGCGAAGAGAGACAAGGUGGUGAGGCGGGAGGAGGGAACGAGGACCUCAGUUGUGAAGGACCAGUACAGGACACAGCAAGAGGAUGUGCAGCCUGUGGAUGUCAGAAGAAAUAAGCAACUUCCGUUAACAGUUCAGGAGCUUCAGGAGGAGCUGAGGGCUCACAGGGAGAUGAACAGUCGCUUGCAGCAGCAGCGGCAUCAGGGGAACUGUGGCUCCUAUCGAGAACUACAAAUAGACCAGGACAUCAGAGGGGGGCCCAGCCCUGGCCACAGUCCCAGACAAAGUGCCAGCAACCUGCACAGCCCUGGACCAAAGAACAGCCCCAGAGCCAGCCCGUGUAACACCUACAAUCCAAGGCAACAGGAGGCUGACAUCAUCAUUCACAGCCCUGGGUAUGGCUGUAACGCCGCAGUAGCCGCGCAGAGAGUCAGCCCAGCCAACACCCUUCAGCCUGGGCCCAGGAGCAGCCUGAAUCAGUCCAUCCACAGUCCAAGCUACGGUCCAGUAGCGGCACCCAGCUCUAAUUCCCUCCGGCCCUGUAGCCCCUGCCAGGUGCCCGGGUGUGACGGCUUUUCCUCACCCCCUCCCCAGGACCCGUCAGAGGAGAACUUCUUCCGGCUGCAGUCGGAGCACGACCGGCAGGCCAAGGAGCUGUCGCUGCUGAGGAAGACCAUGGAGGAGAUGGAGAUGAGAAUCGACUCUCAGAAGCAGACGCUGGGCGCCAGGGACGAGAGCAUCCAGAGGCUGCUGGAGAUGCUUCAGGGCCAAGGUCAAAGUCAGGGACACUGGGGACGGGGACAGCGGGCAGGCAUAAUAACCAUGGCGGCGCAGGAGGCUGAAGCUCAGCUGGAGAACAUGCAUGUGAGAGAGGACACCAAGAUCUCUUCCCUGGAGAGGAACAUCAGAGACUUAGAGGAUGAGGUCCAGAUGUUAAAGACCAGCGGCCUGCUGCACCCUGACGACAGGCAGGAUGAGCUCAAGCAGGUGGAGGUCUACAAGAGUCAUUCCAAAUUCAUGAAGACUAAGAUAGAGCAGCUGAAGCAGGAGCUGAACAGGAAGGAGUCAGAAAUGCAGGCCCUGCAGACCAAACUGGAAACACUGACCAACCAGAACUCGGACUGCAAGCAACACAUCGAGGUGCUAAAAGAGUCGCUCAGUGCCAAGGAGCAACGCGCCAAUACACUGCAGACAGAGGUUGAUGCUCUGCGGGUGCGUCUGGAGGAGAAGGAGCAGUUCCUGACCAAGAAGACCAAGCAGCUGCAGGAUCUGACGGACGAGAAGAGCACGCUGACGGGGGAAAUCAGAGACAUGAAGGACAUGCUGGACGUCAAGGAGAGAAAGGUCAACGUCCUGCAGAAGAAGAUUGAGAACCUGUUGGAACAGUUAAAGGACAAGGACAAACAGCUGGCUGGGUUGAGGGAAAGGGUUCAGGGCCUUCAAACAGACUCCAGCAAUACAGACACAGCUCUGGCCACACUGGAAGAGGCUUUAUCAGAAAAGGAACGAGUGAUCGAGAGCCUCCGCGAGCAGAAAGACCGGGAGGACAGGGUUCGACUGGAGGAGCUGGAGCAGAUGAGGAAGGAGAACCGGGAGUUAAAGGACAAACUCGCAGCUCUGCAACCCCAGAAGCUGUCUCAGAGCCAGACCUCUAACCCCAACCCAACACAGAACCAGAGGCCUGAUGGAGAGGUGCAAACCAAAGUAGAUGGGCUACCUGCAGUCAGUCCAACGCACACACUACAGAAGACCCAAAACAUGGAAGAAGCAGUCAGGAUGUGUCCAGACAUCACAGACCGUCUCAGGCUUCUCGAGCAGGAAGUGGCCCGCUACAGAGAGGAAUCUGGGAAGUCCCAAGCUGAGGUGGAGCGACUGAUGGGAGCUCUGAGGGAUGCUGAGAUGGACAAAUCGUGCAAGGAGAAGAGAAUCACGGAUCUGGAGAGACCUGGGCAAAUGAAAUCUCCGAACAUCCAGAAGCAGACGAUGCCGGUAGAAAUGAGAAAAGACGCCCUGACUGAUGGGCACCCGCACUCUUUAUCGCAGCUGCCUCUCUCAGCUUCCCAGGAUGCCAUGCGGGAGACGGCGGAGCGGAUCAUGGAGCUGGAGAGGGCACUGAGGGAGAGCAUGAACACCUCUGCACAUAGGGAGUCCCUGUGGGCUCAGGAGGAGGCUGCCCGGGUUCAGGCCCAGAGAGAGCUGGAGGAGCUUAUGGGAGCUUUAGAGAAGACACGCCAGGAGCUGGACGCCACGAAAAUGCGCCUGUCCUCGACUCAGCAGUCCCUCCACGAAAGAGACGGACACCUCAACAGCCUGCGCCAGGAGAGACGCAAACAGCUGGAGGAGAUUCUGGAGAUGAAGCAACAGGCUUUGCUGGCAGCCAUCAGUGAGAAGGACGCGAACAUUGCCCUGCUGGAGUUGUCGUCCUCCAAACGCAAGAAAGCCCAAGAGGAAGUAAUGGCUCUGAAGAGAGAGAAGGACAGGCUCAUGCACCAGCUCAAACAGCAGACUCAGAGCAGAAUGAAGAUGAUAGCGGACAACUACGAGGAAGAUUACAUCCACCCGCAACACCAUCCUCACCACUCGCACCACUUGCAUCCGGCGACCGUGCAUCACCGAAGUCUACCCAGAGGGCCCCCCCACGCUAACCACCGCGCCCCCAUGGACCAGGAUGAUGAAGAGGGAAUAUGGGCAUGAUGACCACCGCCAUGGAAACCUGCAUUCAUGUGUUCGCACUGCCUGUGCAACCAGAUACCAGGAGGUAUCUACGAGGCUUCGUCUACAAGCGGACUGAUUCACCAGCCCACACAUUCUCCCCACCAUGACCAGCAGAUACACACUGCAGCAUCUGAAUGUAGUGUGUUUCGAGUUCAACGUUCAGAUGGUCAGAUAGUUUCCAUCUUACUUAUGAAUGUCGCUUUCAUUCACAAAUGCAGCAGCCCACCGAGGACCUAGUCACAUCGUCGUGACUGAACGUCCCUCACCAGAGCAUCGCCCAUCAAGUGGGGAGUUUUAAGGUACUGGCAUGUGGUCCGCUGCCUUCAUUUCCCUAGCUGUUUUCAAUAGAAUGGAAGCUGGAUUCAUUUCACAGUGCCGUGGUGCUACAGAGUCCUGGCUUUACAUCAACCGACAGUUACUGGAUGAGCAGAGCCAGUGGAACUAGCUGCAAAACACAUGCCGAUCCUAGACUGGUUCGUGGUGGCAUGGAUGUGUUUACUUUCUGCAGCUAAUUAUCAGACUUUAGUAAAUACGACAACGUGGACCUCAAACAAUCCGCAGAGAGCUUCUCGAUGUACCGUGCCAAAGGAGACGUCCCGGUCGACUGAAAUGAGACUGCAGCCUAAUCAUUUCUGAUCCAAGACUACACUGCAAACCACCAUUGUCUGUCUGCGUUUCCUGCAGAGUGAUCAGCAAAAAAUAAAUAAAAAAAUCAAUACAAAAUGCAAAAUUGGGCUUGAGGUAGCCCCCGCAGAAGGUUUGAGGAUCAGCUCCCACCUUCUCGAAAAACCGGGACCUUAAUUAACACGGAAGGAAACACAGCUGACCUCCGAUGAGCCAGCUUACUGUAAGAACAAUCCGUUUAUACGCUUCUCCUUCUUCUCUUCUUCUUUUUGCCUGCCGUGCAUUUGUUUAAUGAACCACUAUCAUGUUCUGUUUCAUUUUCUACAGCUGAAAAUAUCUGAGUGCCACUCUUACUGUUUUUUUUUUUCUUUUUUAAUUAUAACAGCUGUGUGUGACUUAUUAUUAUGUGGAGGAGUGACGUGAAUCUGAGUGGCUAAUCUGAUUAUAAGUGACUUGCGUUUUGAAGCACUGUGUCGUUACUUUUUUUUUUUUCAAUGUACAGUAUCGUUGUGGUUUAAUUCAAAAGUGUUUCCCUAACAUGUACAGCUUUUUUUGUAAAGUGUGUGUGCGUGCGUGUGUGUGUGGUUUUGUGCUGCUGUCUCGGUCGUGAAGGCUGUGAAAGUUUUGGGGGUAACGGUACUCACCCUUGACUUGUUCCACAGUACGCUGCAGUGGUCGGCGUGUUUCUGUUGUCUGAAUAAAAGUUGCUUUCACGAGAA